CACAAAGAGGAAAACAGAGAACAUUGACUCGGCCUGUUGACCGGCGCGUCCUUCUCCAAUGGCAUAGGCAUGUCCGCUGUGGAACAUUUUCAAUUCUCUCUGUCUGUUUGUUUGUUGCAACAGGACGGAACAACUUUAAUUAUCUGCCAAAGUAAAUAGAGUCGCUGCUGUUUUGUUUUUGUUGUUGUUGCAGGACAACAGAGUAAAUAAAAACAACGGCGCUAACAAGCCUACUCUUCUUCAGCCGAAAAUAACAGCCACAAUUCCAGGAGCCCAGUUGGCCUGCCACUAGCUGUGAACUGCAAACUUAAGUCAACAAUGAAACAUGCAUUGGCAGUGGUCAGGCACGAAGUUAUUAUUCGCCCCGAAGCGAGUCCACGGAAGAGAUCAAAUAAUGCCAUAAAAUUCCAUAGCCAACAAAAGGCCUUUGCAGUUGCACUUCUAAAGCAGAGAUUACCGGUUGAAUAGCCCAGGUCUGUCACAGCAUUCAAGGGAAGCGUCGCAAUGUUUGGCAGGCUAAAAUUGGUUGGAUUGUUGCUCUUAAUGUGCCUGCUGCACUGGACCUGCAGCAUUGUGAAUCCUGACAAGGAGUCUGCCAGUAUGGUCAUCUAUCUUCAGAAACCCAGUAGCCUUGGCCCUCGCACCUGGUUGGCCGGUGUCAACUGUUUGGAUCAGAUAACCCGUUUGUUCUUUCGCAAACAAGAAAGCUUGACGCGUUCACCGAACAUGGUUAUGACCGUCGCCAAGAACAUGUCCACGCCCGCUGCCCAAAUUCAAGAGGGGUUCCUGAAAAUAAUGAUGGAGGCUGUCAGCGAACUGGACCCGGUCCACAAACGCUAUCAAAUGCGCAUUGUGUCCGAUGCUCAACCCUAUCUGUGGUACAAAAUGAACCAACCGGAAUUGGUACUGGCCGACUAUUACGUCAUUGUGGUGGAUUCGUUGAUGCGCUUGGCCAAUCUCCUGCAGAACUACGUUAGCCACAUGCUGUCGUGGAAUCCCGGAGCGCAUUUCCUGAUACUCUACAACAAUGCCAAGAAUCGUAACAAUGCUGAUACCACGGCUGAAACUGUUUUCCAGGUCAUGCUGGACCAGUUCUAUAUCCAUCGCGUGGGCCUUCUGUAUGCCACCACGGACACGCGAUAUGUCUUCAAGGUCUUGGAUAAUUUCAAUAGCUCUUCGUGUCGCAAACUCAAAGUCAAACACUUUGCCGAAUGCCAAGAGGGUAGUGUGGUGACGAAAAACUUUGGAGCUCUGCAACGUAGUCUGGAUCGGUUCCUGAGUAGCCUGACGCUGACCAAUUGUACAUUUUAUAUGUGUGCUUCCAUUUCGGCUCCAUUUGUGGAGGCAGAUUGUGUUUUCGGUUUGGAGAUGCGGAUCAUAGGAUUUAUAAAGAGUCGAUUGAAUUUCAAUAUCAUCCAACAAUGUGAACACGAAAGUCGUGGUGUCCAAGAGGAGGCCGGUAAUUGGACCGGCCUCUUGGGCAGGUUGAAUGAGAAGUCUUGCGAUUUUAUCAUGGGCGGUUUCUAUCCGGACAAUGAAAUCAUCAGCAAUUUUUGGGUUUCCGACACCUACUUGGAGGACUCCUACACCUGGUAUGUCAAGCUAGCCGACCCACGGCCUGCCUGGAUGGCUCUCUAUUCCAUAUUUGAAAAUCUCACUUGGCUUGCGUUCAUCGUUAUGCUGCUGAUUACUUGGCUGACCUGGUUUGUGUUGGUGUACUUUUUACCCGAGCCACCGGAGACGAGGGAAUGGUCCCUGACCGGCAUCAACAGCAUGGCAGUGUCGAUUUGUGUGUCGGUCAACGAGCGGCCGUUGUGUAUGGCUUCCAGAUUUUUCUUCAUUUCCUUGGCUUUGUACGGACUGAAUGUUACCUCGACGUAUACCUCAAAACUGAUUUCGGUCUUCUCCAAUCCGGGGUAUUUGCAUCAAAUCGACACCCUCCCAGAGGUGGUGGAGGCUGGCAUACCAUUUGGUGGCUAUGAGGAGAGCCGCGAUUGGUUCGACAACGACGAGGAUUAUUGGGUCUUCGAUAAAUACAAUGACUCUUCUGAUUUUGAACCUCAUACGAGGAAUCUUGUUUGGGUCGAGCGGGGGAAACGGGUGAUAUUAAGCCGCCGCAUGUACAUCAUGCAAAGUGCCUUGGCCGACAACAUUUAUGCCUUUCCCGUUAAUGUCUUCUCCAGUCCCAUGCAGAUGAUUAUGAAGCCCGGCUUCCCCUUUCUCUACGAUUUCAAUUUGAUGAUACGCUACAUGCGAGAUUUUGGGUUUUUGAAUAAAAUCCACCGAGACUUUGUCUACAACAAUACCUACUUGAAUCGAAUUGCAAAAAUGAGGCCAGAUUUCAAAGAGAAAGUCAUUGUCUUAAGAAUGGACCAUUUGCAGGGAGCCUUCUCGAUUUUGAGUGUCGGGGUAUGUGUCAGUGUGGGAUUAUUUUUGGCAGAGUUAUUGGUAUUCCAUGUCGGUGGACGAUGCUCUUCCAAAUCAGGCCACAAGAAACGGCAACGGAAGCGAGACAAAACAAGAAAACGAAAACGUAACAAAUCAUCAGAGGAAAUCGUGAUAUAUUGGAAUGAAAUCCAUGUGCAAAAGGAUAUGGGUUCAACUCCGCUGAAGCGAAGGAUUGUCCACAAAUCGGCGGAUGAAUGAGGCGAA